AUGUCUGCCAAAUAUCUCUUCAUCUCGGUCCCCUCGAGUAUAACCCCUUCGGGCCACAAGGACGACGCGAUCGCGUCGGUCCAGAAAGCCGCGAACCCGUCCAACGGCGACGUCCUCCCAUUCUCCAUCCCGGAGUUCAAGAUCGGCACGCUCGAUGCCCUCUUACAGCAGUCGGAGGAACUGGCCAAACUCGCGGCGGUUUGUCACGGAGUGGUGGGGAAGGUCGGGGAUACGUUGAAGAAUAUCCUGGACGGGGACGAGGAGAAGAUUGCGAUGCACAAGAACGUCAAUGACAAGCCACUCGAGCAAUACCUCCGGAGUUUCUCGUGGAACAAAGUCAAAUACCGUGCCGACAGGCCGCUGUCGGAGCUGAUUGAUCUUCUACAAAAGGAAGCCAAUUCGAUAGACAACGACGUUCGGUCCAAGUACAACCAAUACAACUCGCUCCGCACGUCUCUUCAAUCCCUCGUUCGGAAACAGACGGGAAAUCUCUCGACGAAAUCUCUCGCCCCUCUCAUCACAGACCCCAAACUCCUGGUUCAGAACCAACACUCGGAGCAUCUGGAGACACACCUGGUCGCCGUGCCUAACGCCAACGUCAAGGAGUUCUUGAGGACCUACGAAACGCUGGCGCCCAUGGUGGUCCCGCGCUCGGCGACCUUUGUCGCCCAGGACCAGGAAUACAGUCUGUACGCGGUGACGUUGUUCAGGAAGCAUGCGCCAGAGUUCGUGCACAAGGCCCGAGAGCGGAAGUGGGUUCCAAGAGACUACAAGUACAAGGAGGGCGGCAAGGAAGAGGAGGAAAGGGAGGUCAAGAGAGUGGAAGGCGAGGAGAAGAGGGUCUGGGGAGAAACGCUGAGGUUGGGUAGGACGGGCUGGAGCGAGGCGGUCAUGUGUCUCGUCCAUGUGAUUGUGCUGAGGGUCUUUGUCGAAACCGUCCUAAGGUACGGCUUGCCGCUGGAUUAUGUGGCUCUUUUGAUCAAGACGGACUCCAAACGCGAAAAGAAGGUCCGUCAAGGCCUGGACAGCGAAUACUCGUACCUCGCCGGCAACGCCUUCGGCAGAGACAAGAAGGGCAGAGUAGUCAAAGACGAAGGGACAAGUCAGCAGGACAUGGUCGCCGGUGGAGACCAAGGAGAGUAUUCGGCUUAUGUAUGUUACGAUAUCGACGUCGACUGA